UGGCAACGAUCACGUGGUGUCCGCGGAGGCCGCGCAGGCGCAGUGGGGGUGCGCUCGGUCUCCGCGGUGACGGGAGAGGAGCUGUGUCGAGGAGAAUGGCGUCGGGCGGUGUUGGGCUGUCGUUCCUGCUGGUCGCCUUGACCUGCCUGGGCGCCAUCGGCCAGGGGCUGGCCGACAAGCGGCUGAAGAUGCAGUACGUCACCGGGCCGGUGCUGCGCUUCCAGAUUUGUAUCUCCUGAGGAUACAGAAGGGUGUUUGAGGAGUAUACGCGGGUUAUAAGCCAGCGAUAUCCUGACAUCCGUAUUGAAGGAGAAAAUUACCUUCCACAACCUAUCUACAGACACGUAGCAUCCUUUCUAUCAGUCUUCAAGCUGGUCUUAAUAGGACUAAUUAUAGUUGGUAGAGACCCCUUUCCUAGUUUGGGCAUGGAAGCACCUAGCAUCUGGCACUGGAGUCAGCAGAACAAGAUCUAUGCAUGCAUGAUGGUGUUCUUCCUUAGUAACAUGAUUGAAAAUCAAUGCAUGUCUACUGGUGCAUUUGAGAUUACAUUAAAUGAUGUUCCAGUAUGGUCUAAACUAGAAUCUGGCCAUCUUCCAUCCAUGCAGCAACUUGUGCAGAUUCUCGACAAUGAAAUGAAGCUCAAUGUACACAUGGAUUCAAUCCCACUUCAUCGAUCUUAGCUAAAUCUCAAGCAUUGGCAAGGCUUUUCUGUAUUUGAGAGGACAUUUUCUGAGACUGGUAAACUGAUGACUAUGAAGGACUGCACUGAAAGCAGCAGUGACUGUAUGUGCAGACUGGAUGUUCCCCACAUCAGGCCUACUGAACCUUUGAAAACCUCCUCUUAAAAAUGGAAAGGACUUCAAUGCUCAGAUACAUUGAUCAUGUUCACCUUGUAGUGUACUGCACAUAUAUCAGAUUGUAAUAUGAACAUAGUUUCUUUUUUAUAUGUAAUUUAAUAUGACUUUGUGGAGGCAUUUAAUGAAAUGAUACAAGUGACAAAUAA